UCUUAAGGAUACAAGCUAAUGGAAAAUACAUCUCAAAGUACAUCACUUAAACUAGUUGCGUAUGUUGAAUUAAAUUAUCUCAGAUAUUUAUAUUUUGCCAUUGUUUUUAUGUUAUAUGCCACAAUUAUAAUAAUCAAUGCAAUCAUUAUUGGAAUUGUGUGUACUGAUAAAAGCCUGCAUGAGCCCAUGUACAUAUUUUUGAUUAAUUUAUUAAUAAAUGAUGUAGUUGGAGGAACAUCAUUAUGCCCUUCUAUCUUGGUAUAUUUGCUGUCAAACAGUUCUGAAAUAUCCAGAGAAUAUUGCUUAGUUCAGAUUUUCUGGUUAUACGUUUAUGGUGGCUGUGAAUUUGUAAUGCUAGCUGUAAUAGGUUAUGACAGGCACUUGUCCAUAUGCUACCCUCUUUAUUACAACAGCAUCAUGCAUUCCAGAAGAGUUUCUAAUCUGAUUGUUUUCUCGUGGAUUUUUCCUCUCAGUUUAGUCAGUAUAAGUGUCACUUUAGCUUCUCAAGUUCAACUGUGUGGUAAUACCAUUGAAAAUAUCUAUUGUGAUAAUUAUUGUCUAAAUAAAAUUGCCUGUUCAGAUAUGACACAUAUCAUCACAUUUGAUACUUUACUUAUUUUCCUAAUAUCUGUCCCACAGAUAUUCCUUCUUUUAUAUUCCUACGCAAAAAUUCUCCAAAUUUGCCUAAGGGCUUCAAGAGAAUCUCAAAAAAGAGCAUUAUCUACCUGUAUGCCUCACCUGGUAACACUUCUAAAUUAUUUUAUUGGGGUUAUUUUUCAGAUUAUUCAGUCCAGGUUCAAUUUGACUCAAGUACCUACUGUGAUUCAUUCAAUAUUUUCAGUAUAUUUCUUGAUUAUUCCUCCACUUUUAAAUCCAGUUGUUUAUGGCCUUAAAAUGCAACAGAUAAAAUUGAGGAUUAUAAAAAUUUUAAUGGAUAAAUAGUUAUUUUCCAUGUCAUGUAAAGGUAAAAGUACUGUACAGAAUUUAUACAUAUAUCUGAAUAAUAAAAAUUAGUAUGUUUUUGUUAAACACUGACAUAAUCUUUUUCGCUAUAAUAUUGUCAGUUGGCUUUUGUUAUUGUAUUGGUAUUAAGACAAUGUAUUAAUGUGUUUAUGCAUUUAUCCAAUUUUAAACUCCCUUAAUGCGAUUCUUAGGUCUCAUGCGGAUUAUUUGUAUUUUAGCAGCAUUGCGUGCAAGGCAAAAACCAACUCUAGAUAAACUGCCAGUAAAUCAGAGGCCACCCUCGUGCAUACACCACCCAAACUCACUCAGAUGCAGUCAUUUAAG